ACUGAAGUGACCAGUCAAGUGUCUUGGAUGUUAUAACCUUGAUAGUCCAGACAAUGAUUUUCUUUGCUUCUUCUCAUCAACCUCAGGGGUUUCCACCUUCAACACCGUUCGAUAGACCAAUUCGCUUGGUGCAGAUACAACGUCAACACGCUAGUUGAAGUGCAUGAACUGGUGCCAGUCUUGGGCACUGGGGGACAUGCUCGAGUCUGGAGCCCGCCGCGAAGAUCCACUCCUUUUUCUUCCACCGCAAUGCUGUUGAUCCCCGUUUGCAAUGUUUGCAAAGCUUCGCUAGUGUCUCUGUAUGCAUCCUUCGAGUUCGAAGUUUGGUAACGGUUGAGAAAUCCUGGCUUCAGGACCCCGCCGAUACCACCCCCAUGGGCCUGAUAACGUACACCACCAUGCCAGUCCGUAUUCAUAACCUUCUCGAAAUGGGGAUAGACAGGGAGGGCUUCGAGGCUUUUGAGAAUUCCGGUUGCGCUGGCCCGACAUGUUGGCGAAUGUCAAUCUCUUCAUCUCCUGGACAGCCACCACUCUUAUGGACUCUUGUUUGCCCAGGACCCCCCUGAAUACCACGCGCACUGCGACGUGACCUUCCUUUAUAAGAAGCCCGGGGAACACGUUCCUUCUGGAGAGUUCAACACAGCUUGUUCAUCCACUACCAACCUCCUACAGCUUGUAGCCAUGGACUCACACGCUGGCUUAGAUGGAGUUCUCCAACCCCAAGUCCUGAAACUGACGCUGAGGACUCUCCCAUCGCCAUUCAUCUCUUUUGUCGUCAUUCCCAUCCUGUCGAUUCUUGGAUGGUACAUUAUCUCGUGGGCCACCAACCCGUUGAAGAAGUACCCAGGCCCCUUUCUUGCAGGUUUUACCAACUGGUGGCGACUCUAUCAGACUCGGACUGGCAGAUACCAUGAGAUCGUCUAUGACCUACACAAGAAGUACGGGCCCAUUGUCCGUAUCGGCCCUAACACUCUCGACCUCGAUUACCCCGAGUUGAUCAAGACCAUCUACAGCACUGAUGGCAAAUGGCUCAAGACCGAGUUUUAUCACAACAACAGCGCCAUCGUCAAUGGGAAGAUUACAUACCAUAUCUUCAGCACUACGAGCCCAACUGAACAUGCCAAGAUGAAGCGUCCAGUGGCCAAGUACUACUCCACGAGCUAUGUUCAGGCUCUGGAGCCCCAUGUUGACGUUGUUCUCAACGACUUCUGCAAGUAUGUGGAGGAGCGCUUUAUCAAUGUUCCCGGUGGACCCAAGGAACUUGACUUUGGCGAAUGGCUCGGAUAUCACGCUUGGGACCUCAUCAGCUCCGUGACCUUCAGCCGUCGCUUCGGCUACAUGGAGCACGGCAGUGACUUCGAUGGGACCAUUGAGAAGGCCGAGGCUGCCCUUCGCUACUUCCAGACAGUCGGUCAGAUUCCCAUUCUUGACUACUUCCUUGACAAGAACCCCAUCAAGCGUGUCGGACCCCCCAACUUGGUCCACCCUGCUCGCAUCGCCGUCCAGUCCUUCGUUGCUCGCCUGCAGGGCAAGGACGAGAACUAUGACCCCAAAAACCCGGAUUACCUCCAGCACUUCAUCGAUUCCAAGGAGUCUCAUCCGGACCUCGUUGAUGACAACCAGAUCAUCAGUGAUGUGCUCGUUAACCUGCUCGCGGGUGCCGACACUACCGCCAUCGCCCUCCGCGCUGUCUUUUACUACAUGCUCAAGAACCGUUCCGUCUACAACAGAGUGUCCGAGGAGAUCCAGGCCGCUGGUUUCGACCGCUCCAAGCCUGUUCCCUAUUCCGGUGCUCGCCAGCUCCCCUACCUUGAAGCUUGCGUACGCGAAGCUCUCCGUAUUCACCCUGCUGCUGCCAUGCUUCUUGAGCGCUACGUCCCGGCCGACGGCAUCACGCUUCCGGACGGCUCUUUUGUUCCUGCCGGUACCGCUGUUGGUCUCAACCCUUGGGUCGUUAGCCGUAACAAGAGCAUCUUUGGUGAGGACUCUGAUACUUUCCGUCCUGAGCGUUGGCUGCAGCAGCCUGGCGAAGAUGAUGAGGCAUUCCAUGUUCGCAUGCAGAAAUGGAACGCGGCGGAUUUGACCUUUGGUAAUGGUUCGCGCAUCUGCACUGGCAGGAACUUUGCCAUGUUCGAGCUGUACAAGGUUUGUGCGACGCUCUUGCACAGAUUCGAGAUCGAGUUGGCAGACCCGACCAAGGAGUGGAAGGUCUGGGGUUCUUGGUUUACCAUCCAGAAGGAUGUGAUUGCCAAGAUGAAGGUUAGAGGUUGAAAAGUGAAGGUGAUCAGGAGACGAUCCGGGUAUAUAUAAAGAAGAACAGCCACCGAUGACGGGCUGAAUAGUGUGCUUUGAGUUUCGAAUUCCCAUUACUAUCGAGGUUUACUGCUCUUUUGUGCGAUAGAGUAGUUGAUUAUAAUCAGUUUUUUUUUUCAUUGCCAGAUGCCAGAUCGAAGUAUCUUGUUGUUCUUUCCAGGACGCAUCGUGCGUUACAUCUGAGUCGUGACUAGCCAAGGGUAAGGAAUGGGAAGCAUACCGAACUCGGUCAAGUCGGCCACGGUCGCGGAUGAUCUUCCGUUUGGUUCAAAUCUAUCCACUGUUCUCCAUAUUGCAUGUAACGAUGUGUUUCGGGGAAGCCUUCAUGGAAGGCGUUUAAUGCCACGACACAUAAGUGAAGUUUGGCAGGAGUUGGGGAUUGGUGGAUAAUUCAGGAACAA